AUGAGAAGGUACACUUUCUUCGAAAACUUGCGGCGCAGGGUAGUGGCCCUUGAAAUGAAGGAUGCGGGCUGGUCAAGGAUCGUCAAGGAGCUGAGGCUAGAUUUUGUCAAUAAGCAGCACCAACAGACUGCUGCACGGGCCAUUUUGAUUCAACGGGCGCGGCUUGAGCGGAUCUACAGCUCGCCGGGGCCGGAAAAGACCUGGAUCCUUUAG